UUUAAAAUAAUUUUUAAAAUCAUAAAUAUAUGUACAUUCAAAAAAGAAAAAAAAAUUGUAACAUAUCCUUGUACAAAAGAAAUACAAGACUCUAUUCUCCCAUUUUAUUUGAAUUCUCAAUAAUUCUGACCUAUUUACUCGGUCUAACUUUUUUAAAUUAUAAUUUUUGAGAUAAUUUUGAUCUUAAUACAAUUAUUCAAAUAUUGUGCAUUUAUUUUCUAAGUUAUCAUGGACAUUAAAUAUAACCACUAAAAAAUAUAAAUUUAAUUAUUUAAAAUUUUUGUUUAGGGCUCAAGUAGUUUGGGUUUCUAUCAUCUUCAAAACCAGCUCUCAAAGCUCGCGCCUUUCCCACCAGUGGCUCUACUAAUCCAACCUCUGGAUCGGCUCUCGAGGCUAGGAUGGUCUCCGUUCCGGCCAUUAUGUCUCCGACUUUGCUCGAUUUCGAGACCUCUGUUUUCAAAAAAGAGAAAGUCACCCUUGCUGGUCACGACGAGUAUAUUGUGAGAGGAGGGAGGCAUUUGUUCAAUUUAUUACCUGAUGCGUUCAAGGGAAUCAAACAAAUUGGCAUUAUCGGUUGGGGUUCUCAGGGCCCUGCUCAAGCUCAGAAUUUGAGAGAUUCUCUUGCUGAAGCAAAUUCUAAUAUUGUGGUCAAGAUUGGUCUAAGGAAAGGUUCUCGCUCAUUUGCUGAGGCACGUGCUGCUGGGUUCUCUGAAGAGAAUGGGACUUUAGGAGACAUCUGGGAAACUGUCUCUGGCAGCGAUUUGGUGCUUCUCCUAAUUUCAGAUGCAGCCCAGGCUGAUAAUUAUGAGUCAGUGUUCUCUCACAUGAAGUCCAACAGCAUACUUGGGCUUUCCCAUGGCUUUCUUCUUGGCCAUUUGCAGUCACUGGGCCUUGAUUUUCCCAAGAACAUCAGUGUUAUAGCUGUGUGUCCCAAGGGAAUGGGUCCAUCUGUUCGGAGAUUGUAUGUUCAGGGCAAGGAGAUUAAUGGUGCAGGGAUCAAUUCCAGUUUUGCAGUCCACCAGGAUGUUGAUGGCAGAGCCACAGAUGUUGCUCUUGGAUGGUCAGUUGCCCUUGGUUCCCCUUUCACGUUUGCGACUACAUUGGAGCAGGAGUACAAGAGUGACAUAUUUGGGGAACGAGGAAUUUUACUGGGUGCGGUGCAUGGCGUUGUUGAGUCCUUAUUCAGAAGGUACACUGAAAAUGGAAUGAGCGAAGAUCUGGCAUACAAAAAUACCGUUGAGUGCAUCACUGGGAUUAUUUCAAGGACAAUAUCAACCAAGGGCAUGCUAGCUGUCUACUGUUCAUUGUCCGAGGAUGGUAAACGAGAGUUUGAGGCUGCAUAUAGUGCUUCUUUUUAUCCCUGCAUGGACAUCUUAUAUGAAUGUUAUGAAGAUGUAGCCAGCGGUAGUGAGAUCAGGAGCGUUGUGUUGGCUGGACGACGUUUUUAUGAAAAGGAUGGUUUACCUGCUUUCCCAAUGGGGAAGAUUGACCAGACUCGGAUGUGGAAAUUCGGUGAACGUGUUAGAGCAGCGCGACCUGCAGGUGACCCUGGCUCUUUAUAUCCUUUUACAGCAGGUGUUUAUGUGGCGCUAAUGAUGGCCCAGAUUGAGAUUCUGAGGAAGAAAGGGCACUCCUACUCGGAGAUUAUAAAUGAAAGUGUUAUUGAGUCAGUGGACUCUUUGAAUCCAUUUAUGCAUGCUCGUGGGGUUUCUUUCAUGGUAGACAAUUGUUCAACAACUGCACGACUUGGAUCAAGGAAGUGGGCUCCACGAUUUGAUUACAUUCUCACCCAGCAGGCCUUGGUGGAUGUGGACAAUGGUACUCCCAUCAACCGGGACCUCAUCAGUAACUUCCUCUCGGAUCCUGUGCAUGGAGCCAUUGAAGUUUGUGCCCAGUUGAGACCCACCGUUGACAUCUCAGUGCCUCCAGAUGCAGAUUUCGUUCGUCCAGAGCUGCGCCAGUCUAGCAACUGAAGGUGUUGAAGAAUACCUGGGUUGUACUAGCUAGCUUGUUAUGUGAUAGUUGAGCGAGAAGCUUUAUUGAAUCUUGGAGCACUUUUAGUUGAAUCUGUUUUCCUUGAGGGUUAUUCUACUAUAAAAUACUUCUCUAUGUUUGGCUUUAUGCUUAGGGAUGAGACUUGAGAUGCACUUCUAUAUAUUGAUGGGAUAAUGAUAAGUUUUCUUCUUCAAAGCAGAGGAGUUUUUUAGAAUUGCAUGCCCAAAAUAGGAAAAAUUACUGGUCAUUAUCUGUAACAGUGCCAUGGCUGUGAGAAAUACUUGGGAAUUUAGGCAUUCUUUGGAUGAGUUAGCAUUCCUGAUCUGCUGUUUAUUUAGUAGCAGGUGAAUAUUUUGCUGACAC